UUCACGUUUCAGCUUUCCAAAAUAGGUUCAUCAGAAGGGUAUUUAGAAUCAGAGACCAAGGAAGACAAGCUGAAAAGGCAGACAUCAGUCUAUAAAAUUGAGAUGGACAUAAUACGUCUGGAGGAAAAGUGCAGACUGCUCAGGAGGGGAAACAAUAUGGUACCUCCUCCAACUAUGGUAGGAGAAAGCAGCAGUACAGACUCCCUAAUGUCUCCCAGUGUGUCUGAGUUGAGACUGAUACUGUUGGGGAGGACUGAGGCUGGGAGGAGUACAGCAGGAAACACCAUCCUGGGCAGAGAGGAGUUUGGAGCCCAGGCCAGCCCCUCUGCAGAGCCCCAGAGGAGUAGGAGGAGAGAGGGGGACGUGUGUGGGAGACGGCUGUUGCUGGUGAACACUCCAGACUGGUUCAGCCCUGGACUCUCUCUGGAGGAGAUGAGACCGGAUGUAGGGCUCUGUGUCCAGCUAUCUGCCCCAGGACCCCACGCCUUCCUCCUGGUCAUACCAGUGGAGCCCUUGAAGUGGGAGGAGAGAGGGAUGUUGGAGAGAAUGGGGGAGAUGUUUGGGGAGGGUUGUUGGGGACACAUUGUGAUUUUAUUCACUCAUGCUGACAACCGGAAAGAGCAAAGUAUUGAGGAGUUUCUUCAAGCAGGGAGUCAGGAACUCCGGCAGCUUGUAGAAAAAUGUGGAAACCGGUACCAUGUCCUCAACAUUAAGGAUCAGGCCCAUGACACUCAGGUUCUAGAGCUGCUGGACCAGGUAGAGAAGAUGGUGUCAGGAAACAUAGAGAGCUUCUACAGCAGUCAGACCUUCCAGGAGUCAGAGGCCCAGGUCAGAGAGAUGGAGGGAAAGAUCCAGAGGGAAAGAGAGGAGAGGAAACAGAGGGAGGAAAGGGAGACAAGAGAGAGGCAUGGGAAGGAGAUGCAGGACUCUCUGAAAAAGAUAGAAGGAGUAAUCCAGGAGUAUGACAGAGAUAUAAAAAAAUUAGGUGAACAAACAACUGAACUUGAGAUACAGGUUGAAAGAGAGAGGAAUGAGGAUCAAAAAAUAGACCUGGAAAGGGAACUAAAAAGGUUGUCUGAUCAAAUGGAGGAGGUAAGGAGAAACCAGGAGAAAUGUAGAGAGAAGUUAAAAAAUGAGAGGCGAGAGAGGGAGGAGAGACACAAGCAAGAGAUUGAGAAGAUCAGGGAGAACUAUGAAGGAGAGGCCAUAGUUUUAGCAGAGAGAAACCUGAUGAAGAUAGUUCUACAUGAGUUGCAGAGGAACACCAUGAUCGUAAAGACCAAGAUGCAGAAUCAGUUAAUCAGACAGAUGGGGGAGAAGGACAGAGAGAUACAGACGAAGGACAGAGAAAUAGAGGAGAAGGCCAAAGAGAUAGAGAGACUGAGACAAAGACUGAUAGAUCUCAGUGUGGCAUUUUUAGAGGAGGCCUAUGUAGCUAGUAAGAGGAGCGGGUAUUUAUUGGCGGGUAUUUAUUAAAUUUGCAUCAGGGGCAAUAAAACAUCACACAUGUUCAACACUUGAUCUGAGAAAAUACUGAUGGACCAUUUAGAGGAGAGACCGAAGCCCAAGUUGUCUCCCUCCAUUUAUUCAGCUCCAUUCCAAAACAGUGACAAACAUAAACAUGUAAUUUGAGUGACAGUUGUUUGAAGGGGUUUGAGCGAGGAGAUUCAUAGUAAUCGUAGGUGAUCAGAGCAGGUACAAGAAGAGCACUACAAACGAGUGGGAAAAAGCAAGGGCUGAGGACAUAACUUCGCUGACUGGGCUCCAUAUGAAAUAUUUGACCCUCAGAUGGGAGUGUUGACUCAUUUGGUUCUCAAUGGAUUAUCUACGAACUACGAAGGGAACAUGAGCAAGUGGUGGAAGAAGUUUUAUGAAAAAGGAGAAAUUGAAUUCAAAUUAGUCUGAAGAGAAGAAGAGAGGGAAGGGGAACGUUUAGAUUGCCUUUUUGUGAAUAGAAUUCAAAUCACUGAUUGGCCUAUACCAAAUGGUAGAUAAUUGUAUUAAUUAAUAUUAAUCGAUUGUUUCAUUAAUAUUGCCGACUUAUGUAACUUAACUUUCAACUUUGAUAACUGAUUUCCAAUGGAGACCUUUGUCAA